AUGCCACGUCGCGAGCUCGCUGCGCGUUACCGGGCCUUGCAGGAGGUGGCCCCGCUUCUCAGCUAUGACCGUGCCGACAGCCACGCGUUGGGGUCGGUGCUGCUCUGGGAGCUUCGCCAGCAUUGCGGGACGAAUCCAACCUCUGUGCGUGACGACAACUUGUACCCGGUUGACGUCCCGCUGCGCCGCCGCAGGCACACCUCACCGUUGAAUGGAACCCAAGUUGCCGAGGAGCUUCUGCGGCAUGGUACGUCGCUGUCUUGGAAAUGGCACCACGACCCAGCGACCACGUCCCACUUCAUGGGGUGA